CCACAAUGCCUGACAUUGUGACAGAAAAACCAACAAGUUCACUAAAGACAUCACGCAUCUGCCUUACCAUCGUUUUCCACAAUCCACCAUGAUUUGCAAUUCCUUCCUCGUCGUCGCAUUGAGCCUUGGUCUCGUCCAAGCAGGCCCCAUUGCUAGACGCGAUGCUGCGACAGUACUGUCAGAUCUGGAGACUAUUGGAACAGAUGUUACUACUCUGAAGACGGACGUAAUCAACUGGACCGGAGACCUUCUGGCAGCGCUAGGCAUUCUAUCCGAUUACAACACCGUCAAGAGUGCUUUGGAGACGGCCAUCACUGAUACCGAGGCUGCUUCCCCAUUUACUACUUCGGAGAGUUCCAGCAUCACAACUGAAGUAACUUCGCUAGCCACAAUCAUCAUCGCAACCUUGGAUGAUCUUAUCUCGAAGGAGUCCAUUGCGGCAUCUGCGGGAGUCACUUCCACUUUGCUCUCCUCCCUGGAGACGCUCAAGACCGACACGGACGAGCUGGGGGCGGACCUGGAGGCGAAGGCCACCACGACGGAUGCCUCGACAAUCGCCUCGACUCUGGCCUCGAUUGACGCUGCUUUCUCCAGUGCAAUUGCCGCCUAUGAGUGAACUCCGCGGCAUACAGUUGUAAGGAAUGGCAAGGGCGUUGGGGGCUAGUACAUUGCAUGAAACUACCGCUUUCUCUGCCAUGUCCCAACUGCUUAGAACGAGCAUGAUGAGCAGUGCAUUUAUUAGUGACAGACUGUCAUUGAAUC